CACGUCCAGGGACGCUUCGGAGUCGUCAUCAGCUGUCAUUACUGAGAUGACUUCCUGUUUUCUCUAUCAUGCUGAGCACAUAACAGCCCCGCUGCUCUCUAAAGAUGAGAUAUUUUGUCGACAGCGUUCAUAACCCGUUCCCACAAAGCAGCCCCGCGUGCGCCUGCGACACGCGCCCAAGACCCGGAGCGCGCCACGAGGCCGCGGCAGCACUCUCAGCAUGCUGCUGUCGCAGCUGCCGGAGGAUGUUCUCUAUCAUAUCUUGUCUCAUUUGGACUACAGAUCACUUAGCCGCCUCUCUCAAGUUUGUAAAACCAUCUACCACUUUGUGAACCGGGACGCUGUGUGGAGGAAGAUCGCUAAAGACUUUUUAAACACUGGAAUCACUCGGAACGGGACGGACAUAUAUCCUUCCAUCCCACUGAAGGAGAGGGUGAAGGUGGCUCAGAACUGGUACGACGGGGUCUGCAAAAGGGCAAUUUCUCUUAAAUGGAAAACAAAACUGUUGCCGUGGUUGCAGCUGGAUGGGAACGUCCUGUUUCUGUCUCAGGCGGCUGACAUUGGAGCAUACCAUCUGCGCCCGGACUCUGGGAGGCUCCAGUGCAACCCGUUUGAAAUCUACUCGGGUCACAAGGGUGAUGUCUGCCGCUUCGCCCUGACGGACUCUCACCUGAUCAGCGGCGGAAGUGAUGGCAGGAUCCUGGUUCACAGCAGGAGGAGGGACAAGACCCUGGAGUUGUCUGGUCACAACCAGGAAGUCAACUGCCUGGACUCUAAAAAUGGACUCAUUGUCAGUGGAUCCAGAGACCAAACGGCCCGGAUUUGGAGUCUGACCUCCAGCUGCCCCAGAGACACCAUCCUCAUGUAUGACAGAGUGUGGUCUGUUGCUAUUAGUCCCACGUUGAGAUCCUUUGUGACGGGCACUGCGUGCUGCGAGAACGUCUCCCCUCUGCGCGUCUGGGACGUUGAGCGGUGCGAGUGUGUGUGCAGCCUGGGCUCAGAGUUCCGCCGCGGGGCCGGUGUGCUGGACAUGGUGUUUGAGUCUCCGUUCCAGCUCUUCACCUGCGGCUAUGAUACCUUCAUCCGCCUGUGGGACCUGCGACUCAGCCCACGGAAGUGUGUGAUGGAGUGGGAGGAACCUCAUGACAGCGCGCUGUACUGCAUCCAGACGGAUGGGAAUCACAUGAUCGCCAGCGGCUCGUCGUACUACGGUGUGGUGCGACUCUGGGACAGACGGCAGAGCCAAUGCCUGCAGUUCUUCCAGCUGAGCUCCCGCCCCGUGAGCAGCCCGGUGUACUGCCUGAGGUUCAGCAGCUCUCACCUCCAUGCAGCCCUGGCCACCUCCCUGCACUCACUGGACUUCAGACAAAACCCUUUCCACAUCAGAUGAUACACACACACAAACUGUUCAAAUACAUGUGUUCAAUAAAAAUGUAUAUUUUC